GAGUAUGAAUGUCUGGCUGUCAUCGAGUGUCACAAAAACUAUCGAUUCCGGAGUCAUCACUCAGUCUCUGGCCGUUGACGAGCAGGCACGUGCAUCUUGCAAGGCUAUCUAGACACUGCAAGGCUAUCGCUUUAUUCUUGGUUCACGUCUCAUUCGAAUCAUUAAUUGACGGCGAACAAAAGUACGCAUCACUUUUUUCCAUCUUGCUUUGUCACUGAGAAAAUUCUUUUUUUUUAAUUCCGGGAUGAAAAAGUCGAAAUUCUUUUGUUUUGUCUUGUUUAUUUUUGUGAAACUCGAUGACAGCCAGACAUUCAAACUCAGUUUUAGAUGUCUAACACGAAUAAAAUAUUUUGAAAGAAUAAAAAUGAGUUGAAACAGGCGAAAAUUUGAGAUUUUUUCUGAUUGGUCAAUUUAUUCGAUUUUUGGGAGCAUCUUAUGUUUUCAAGAUUUCUCCUACAAAACUUGAUUGAAGAAACUUAAAAGCUAGAUAUUCUUGAUUAGCUUCGCGAGCUCUAUCGAACCAAGUAUAAAUCAAGAAUGAACAUUUUUCUGCUCGACUUUUACAUCUCAAUGUUGUUCUGUUCGUAUGUAGCUAGUGAAGAGUCAACCGAAGGAAGAACCACCAAAAGAUCAUCCGAAAUAAAUCUGGAAGAUGAAAGUGAAGUUACUCCAGCUUCGAUGUCAUUUGAACAAGUGAGACGAUUCGAAAAUGAAAAUGUUAAUAACGGCGGUAAUGAAUUUGUCACAGAGGAAGCAGAACCGAGAAAAGAUAAUCCGUUCAAGAACGCUGAAACAAGGACUGCCGAAGAACCAUUAGACUUAGCAACAACUGCAGCAAAACAUCAAGAUUCAAUUUCAGAAGUCGAAUUAUCUACGAGUCUUGUAUUCGAUCCACCGGGUCAAAAUGAACAUAAUUUGGCACAAAAUCAUGAUAAGAAUCCCGGAAAUGACGUCAAACAAGAGUCGUUAAUAGAUCUGAGCAAGAUUCUUAAACCAGAAACAGCAGACGAGGAAGCUUAUGCAAAAAAAAUCCGUGAUUAUGCUGCACAGAUUAUGUACUGGCCAACAGUUCUAUUUUCUCCAACAGAUCUUGGGAAAGCAUUAUCGAAAAAAGGUGAACGCCACCGAAAGGCAGCCACCGCACUCCUGAUACAUCAGCAGUUGCUAAAAUGCGACAAUUAUUUUAUCGGUAAACGAGGAAAUAGCAUGUUAGGCACAAAACAUUCUGGUUAUUUGAAAAUGUGUGAAGCCGAUAAUGAUCCACAAAACAAUGAAAUGGCUAAACUUGAAUUCAUUGUCAAAUUGUCAAAUGUGCAAUGUGAUUACCGCAAAUAUAUUGAUUCAUUCAAACCUCAUCCAAAAGCAUUUGGUCAGUCGAUCAUGAUUACGCCGGACUGGGUACUCACAGAUGAAACACUGCAAAUCCUCGAAUCGACCGCAUUCUAUCGUGAACACGUUACCAUUACGCCAGAACGAUGGGAGUACAAUUCGGGUAGAAAACACGUCCAAUCCCAUCUAACAGAUACAGUGGAAGAUAUCAUGAAUAAAUAUAAGCCCAAAACAAGCAAAGCUCGACAAGCAUUGAACAAAGCCGAGCUACUGAGAAAACGCCCUGUAAAACUGAAACAGUCGGUUCAAGGAGACACACUGUCAGCGUCAACAGCUUUAACUGAAUUAUCAGUGAAUACAGUCAAACGUUCACGUCGAGAAACACUAAAGAAAUCAUCACGGAUGGUUUGUCCAAAGAAAGAUUUGUGUUCGAUACGACAUGAAGAACUUGAUGCACUCCAAGUCGGUUGUUCACAUACGCCGUUGAGGCGUCAACAAGGGCAACAUGUUGAUCAUACGUUUUGUCGAAUCCAUCAACCACAAAUCCACAUUGAUUCACCACUAGUUUACACUACACAACGAAAUGACGAUAACAAUAGUGAAGACGAGGAACAAGAACAAGACAACAAUGAACACUGGACAAGUCAACAACUGAAAGAUUAUCUGAAAAUGUAUUUUAAACUUGAAACAGAAGUUGAUUAUCGAGAAAUUUGUAAUGUAUUUCGUAAUACAUUCAACGACAGAAAAAAUGGUACAUACGGUAUUGUUGUUAUAUUUUUCAAUUGUGGUAUAAUUACCGGCUUCGACGAAUCAACGGCGACCGAAAGCGUCCGACGAAUUAUUCACACGUUAUUGACAUUCAUUAAAAUUACAGGCCUUGCCAUACCAAAUGCAAUAAUUUAUGACAACGCUUGCUCUGUGAGACUAUGGAUGAACAAUUGGUAUGGUUCGCAACAUUUUAAACAAACAGAGUAUUCGAAAUUCUUAUUCGAAAGCCAUCUUGUUAUUGAUCGUUUCCAUCAAUUAAAUCAUAAACGACAAAUGUGCAAGAGUGUUAUGAAAGCGGAUCAUGAGACACACAAUGGGAUAUUUAAAGGCAUUAAGUGA